GGCACGCGUGACCUCGGCUAACAGCGGGGAAUGUUUCCGGCACCUGGAGCAGCUGGACUUUUCAGUUUGAUUCAUAACACUUGGCACUGGUCGGUUCGUUCCAUUCUAACUACCAUGGAAUAUGAUCUGCGUCGUCGUUAUAGCAACGCAGACUGCAGUGUCUAGCCGAUGUAAAAAUAACGAUUGAAAUCACGUGCAGCUUUCCCUUUCGCUUGGAUCAAGAAUAGAAUGCCAACAUUUCGUUGUUGAUCACAUGGAACAGCACCCGCCCUGAAGCUUUUGCUACUCCACUCGUUGUGGGGAAUAUUUCGUUUCUUUCACGGAGACGAUAAAAGCACGCUGCCUACAUGGCGUGAAACUGUGUAGGAGCUAUUAAAACAAACAAGCCACAAUACGAAUUCUAGACAGUGGUUGUGAGCGGCAAAUUAUUUAUACACAGCAUAACCGCUCAGUCGGGGCGCUUUUGUUGUUAUAUACCGUCCCGUUUCGGUUUCUACGAAGCGAAGAACCCACCCGACGAUCGCGACGGUCAAUCAGCCAGCCACGCUGUGUUCUAAUAUUGUCGUCAGUUGAGGUUGGGCGUGAUCGCGAAACACGUUUGUGAUUUUAUUCACAAUUUUGGCACGGCACAGAAGUUCUCACCUAAAACACAUUCCGCGUCAAAGAUUUCAUCAUUUGUGCUUAGUGUGGUUGUCACUGGUUUCAAAUCCAAUAGAUGCUUGACAUUCCUCUGGUACUUUAGUGUAUCGAAUAUUAGUUACGGUUAAAAGGGACGGACAAAACGGUGCAAAAUUUAACGAUGUCCGAUGUACUCGAGGUGACAUCAGAGCUGUACGCGGAGGCAGAAUUCUGCAGCACAGAUACGGGUAAUGGUAAUGCCAUUUCUAAAUUUACCUUUGUGUAUCCAAAUCGUCACGACACUGACGCAAACGGUACGCAAACGGGUACGCAGACGAAUGGCAUGGACAAACGGAAUGGUCAGCCAGACCAAGCCGGUACCAAAAAGACACCAAGCAUCAAAGACUCCGAAGAGGAAAGCUGUCUUGAAGAAGAAUCGUACGAAUCGGAAUAUGACGAGAGUGUGUGCGACGAGGAGGAUUUUGAAUCGGAAAGCGAUUGUUGCGAUGCAUCGGAACAGCAGCAAACAAACCUACCAGCAGUCAAGCUGGAUAAAGACGGCGAUUCGGAUGUAGAACGACCACGAAAAGGAGCAAUCGAAAUAGAACAUCGCAAAUCAACCCGGCUAGAUUUGGUUGGAUUGCAGAUAUGGCGUGGCGCGCUAUUGUUAGCCGAUUACAUUAUGCACAACGAGCGGAAAUUUAAGAAUGCCCAUAUCCUUGAACUUGGCUCUGGAGUCGGCCUUACAAGCAUAGUUGCCAGCAUGUAUGCACGAGAGGUUAUUUGCACGGAUAUCGAUAUCGAAGGACUGCUAGAUCUGAUACGUGGUAAUGUGCAAAGAAAUGUCCAUCUUUCGAACCCACACUGCCGAGUGCACGUAAAUGAACUAGACUUCAAGGUUAGCUACCAGGACUAUCCACGUGAGCUUAAAGAUAAGCUCCAACACGUGCAGUAUGUGGUUGCGGCCGACGUGAUCUACGACGAUGAUAUUACCGAAGCGUUUGUACGGACCAUUGUUAGCCUGCUGUUGGAACUGCCGAAGCUGAAAGCGAUCUACAUCGCGCUCGAGAAGCGUUACGUAUUUACGCUCGAGGAUAUGGAUUCGGUUGCACCGUGUUACGACUAUUUUCUGCGAUACUUUGAAAAACGCAACAGUCGGUUUGGCGUUAACCGCUGGAAGCUGAUCAAUGUGUGUAUGAACUUUCCGCACUAUUUCGAUUACGAUAAGGUGAAGGAUUUGGUGUUGUUGAAGAUAUGCCACGCCAGCAAAUGACAUGGUUGCUUGUGA